CGGCAGCUUCCGCUGCUGGACUGCCGCACUCGGCGCCCGGGUCGUGCGGGCGUCGGGUGGGCUGGCGGGCGCCGAGGGUGACUCCAGACCCGGGAGGAUGAGCGGUGGUCCCCGGAGGAUUGCUUCCUCCUGGCUGACGGAUGGAGGGAAGCAGCUCCUGCAAGGCUGCCUGUGGGGCUGCUGAUCCCGGAGAGCGGCGCUGGGCAGGCUGGGAGCAAACCUGCGUCCCCCUCCAGGGAGGCUCACGAGGGUGUCGAGGGGGUCAUCCUCUCUUCAUCAGUUUUAGACUUGAGUCACAGUGGUCUUCACCAUUUAGGAGCGAUCUUUAAAGUUCUCAACCUCGGAGAUCUGCGGCUUCAGCGCUGGGGCUGAGAGAGCAAGAGCCUGAAGCUGACCUGGCGGCCAGGCCAAGAGUGUCCCGGCGCGAAGGCGUCCCCACACUGUGUCCAGUCGCCACUCACUCCCCAGAGGCUGCGCCCGCCGCCAACAGCAAGCGACGGUGCCGCAUCUUAGCUGCUCAGGGAUUGUGUUCUCAGCAUAUUUGUGGAGUGUGGUUUCUAGCCGGUGUUUCUCAAGUUUCUGCCUUAAACUUGAAGGGACUUGGAAGGUGGUCUUGGCAGCAGAGUUGGGAGCUGAGAAACUGGUGGAAAAGGAGCGGCCUGCUGGCGCCACGUGCUGUGCUCCGCGGGCUUUAAUAGAGCAGCGCAGACGUGACGACUGGUGCUUCCCUGCACCCCUGUGUGCCAGGCGCUGCUCACUUGCUGCACCUGGAACAGGCCAGGCCUCUGGAGCACAGAGAGUUCGGGAACUCGCUCUAGGUCACACAGCUCAUAGAUUUUCAAAACCUAGAUUUGAACCCAGGCAGCUUGGCUUCCAGACCAGUGCCCUUAACGCCUACACUCUGCUGCCCUGGUAAAUAGAGACACGUAAAUACAUACGUGUGUAUAGUAUACGUGAUCAUGUAAAUCUAUGCAGCGUGUAUCAACAGCAUUAGAGAAGGGAUGUCUGUCACCCACAGUCCUGCCGCACUGUGACUGUAAAAUCGUACUUGCACGUAUCGCGGGGGGAGGGUCAGUGUGCGUGUGCCCUGUCCUCCCCCCUUCGUACUGUCCUGUCUUAUUUACGAUCCGACCUGAGGGCCCACCGCGUGACGUAUCAGACUUCCUGACGUGAUGGUUACUGGCUGUUUCUGUGCGGCCGUUGCUACCACAGAGGACGCCAGAGCUAACGCAGCGUGUGUGUUCUUUGGUUUCCUUUUCGGUGUCUCCUUGCAUGAGAACCAAGGCCCGGGCGUGGCUCCUGCCCUCGUUCUCUGGGCAGCGUGGGCCCGGGAGGGAGAAUAGGAUUCAGAUGCCCUUGGGGAUGAAGUUGGAUGUUAAAGGAUAGUUGAUGGGAGAGGUGUGAUGUGUGCAGUGGUGGCGUCUGAACUGCCAGCCGGGCGAGACGCAGCGUCUCCAGGCCAGGAAGCCACUCUAGCAGCUGCGCGGUGAGGCCUGGCCUCGUUUUCCUGACACUUGUGUCUCCCGUUUAAACGAUUUAAGGAUAAAUGUUAUGGGUUUUCUUUGAACUUGGCAUGUAUGAUUACAGUCACCAGUGGAAGCGCUUUGAGGAUGUGGCAUGUUUUAAAUUUAGUUGUUUGACAAAAACAUUCUCUCUUUCUCCCCAUGGCAGCAAUCGCACCGUCAGCGGAAUGCCCUCUGCACGGUUCCUAAGCGCUUCUCUCAGGGGCUGCCUAACCUCACCUGGCUGCACCUCCGCUCUAAUGGGAUCACAGCGCUGCCUUCUGGGGUCGGCUGCCACAAUUAAAAAGAUGAGCCUAAGUGAGGCGCCACCUCCCCUGGUGGAUUUAUCCGCAGAGCGUGAGCCCAACGAAGAAGCCAUUCAUUCUCAGGAGGCAGAGGGAACCAUGGUAACAGAAAAGGCAGGCUUUUUCCCACCUGUGGGAAAACUAGACCUGCGUGAGUGCAGAAGGUCCGCCGAGCCUCCGGAGGACUGGCCGAGCGAGGAGGAGAUCCGGCGCUUCUGGAAGCUGAGGCAGGAGAUCGUGGAGAACCAGCAAGCGGAGGUUCUGGAGCGCCAGCGCCUGCCAGCGGAGCUGCCCCCAGCCCUCACGGCGGUGCUGAGCGACAAGGAGAAGCGGCGACCCCGCCCGAGACCCGUCUUCAGGACAAGGACGCCCUCCUUCAAGAGCGUCCUGCCCGAGCUGGCCCCAUGGCAGCAGACCCAGGGCCGCACCGGCCUGCCGGAAGAGAGUAUCGGCCCAGAUGGAGCAGCGCAGGAGAGACAGGCAAGCACUGCAGGAGUGGAGGGUGCUGGCCCAGGAGGAUGCAGAGGAGGAGGGAGGGGCUCAGCCACCUCCCGACCCCACGGAGGAACCUGGUCCGGUGAGAGGCUGUCUGUCCUCACCCGGAGGGCCGUCCCGAGGCCUGUCCGGUCCUCUCUGUGCUCGAGCUCCCCGAGGCGGCUCUGUCCUGGUGUCCAGGCCUCUCCUCGCUCUGCUCCCGCUCUGAUCACGGCAGCCCCUCACCCCUGCUCGUGAGCCCGGCAUAACGAAGUCACCCCGACCCCACCCUCGCCAGGGCCCGGAGCCUCCCUGCUGUCCCUCCUCUCUGCCCGGUGCCUUUGCACGCCGCUUCCUCUGCCCUUACCUGCUGGGCCCCCGUCUGUGUGUCUUCAGAGCAGGGGUGGGACAUGAACGUCUGCCUCGACCUGCACGGGCUCCUGGGCUCCAGACACCCGCUGGCCGGACUAUGCAGGCGCCCCCGUCCCACCAGACCCCUAGGCAGCCCGGCCCUGGCUUCUGGGGCCGGCCACACGCGAUCAUGCUGGCCUCCUGUCCUUCUGCCUGGUCCCCAGCCGCUCCUGCUUCCUGGGUGCUGAUCGGGGUGGACAGAAGGGGCUCACGAUGGCGGGCUCAGGGCUCCCAGGCUGGACUCGGUCCCCAGUCCAGGCCACACGCCACAUGACUGCAGCGGAAGGGCGAUUUCCCCUCUGCCCAGGCCCCCUCAGCCUCUUCAUGGCAGCGAGGGCACCUCCUCUCCCCCCAGACCACAGAGAGGAUUGUUAAGAUGACCCCCAGAGACCACGGACCCCCGGGGGCAGCUGGAGCUCUGGGCAGACUGGUGCACCUUCUCCCCCCUCCCGCCUCCAGGGUGGUAUUUAAGCAUCAUUAUGACCAUGGUGGCUGUCGGAUGGGGAGCCACUGCAGGUCACUCGGGCUUAAAUACGCGUGACACAUGAUGAAACGUGCCGCCUUGACCGUCGUUACAUGCACAGUUCAGAGGCAUUUAGGACAUUCCCACUGUGGAGCCGCCACCACAUCCGUCUCCAGAACCUUCUCGUCUUCCCAAACGGAAACUCUGUCCCCGUUAAACACCAAGUCCUCACCCCACUUCCCCCGGCCCCCAGCCCCGCCCUCUACUUUCUGUCUCUGUAUUUGGCUCCCGUGGGGACCUCCUGUGGGUGGAAUCACACGGCAUUGGUCCCUUUGCGUCUGGCUCAUUUCACUGAGCAUAACGUCUUCAAGGUUCAUCUGUAUCGUAGCCUGUGUCAAAAUUUCCUUCCUUUUUAAGGCUGAAUGAUAUUCCAUCGUGUGGACGGGCACAUUUUCUUCUCCGUCCGUCCAUCCACAAAUGCGAGAGUUGCUUCUGUCACGUGGCUGCAGUGCCCAUGGGCGCGGCGUUGCCGGCGCGAACUGUCUUUCGUAUGUGGGUCACUCCAGCUAGAAACGACUUCUGUGAUGCUGUGCAAGAAGCAGCUUAUCCCGUUGUGUGUAUUUUUGUAUAUUACAGAGAAACAUGGUCACUGUGUUUUACAGCGUGGAAACUGACAAAUGUCUGUAUAACUGGAGUAGCACAACAUCCCAUAAGUUAGAUAGGAAAUUUAGAAGCUCUGAAACUCACAGCAGGAAAUCUUUACUUCAUAAAACUUAAAUAUUUUAUAUGGCCUAAAAUACUAUAAUUAAAGUCAAAAGAUAGGGGGAAAUAUUUGUGACGUAUGUUUGUAACAGAAGAUUAAUAUCUAAAAUAUAAAGAAAAACCACGAGUAGAUUUUUUAAAUUAAAGAAUGCAGUAGAGAAACGGGCGAAGUGUAGGACAGGCAGUUCACAGGUGAGGAAGCCCCAGUGGCGGUAAAUUCAGAAAAGAAGCCUGGCUGCUCGGAGCUCCGGGUGUAAACACCCACCAGCACCGCUCGUGAAGCGGCCGGCAGAACAGAGGCCUCGGGCAGCAGGCUUCUGGCCACUGCUGCUGCCAGGGCGUCAGCUGCUUGGAAAUGUCUAGUAAAGUUAAAAAUACUGAUUUCUUGGAAGACUUCCGGUGUCCCGCCUCACAGAAAUAAAGCAGUCGGAUCACAGGCCUGUCGUACAAAGACGUGGGUUUGUGGAACCCACAAAAGCAUCGUCUGCAUGCCCACCGCAUCCUCUGUCCCCCGGCCGCUCCAGGCCCUCCCGCGUUCCGGCUGCACCCGUGUGCUCUGUGGGGUCGCCCACGUCCUGCCCCCCGGAGCCUGAAAGCAGGAAGGGAAGGGAAGACUCCUCCCGCAUGGGCAGGGGGCCUGAGCCUCCUGACUCAUCACCCCCUUUUUAAAAAGCCUUGCGUUUUCAUUUUCCACGAUGCUCUAAACCCGGCAGCUGUGCCAGUGGCCUCUGGAUCCAUUUUAUUGGCCUGAAGAAUAGCCCUCGUCUGCUUGACGCUCAACAUAUGAAACUCGGGGUCAAGGGACUUCCCUGGCUGUCCAGUGCUUUAGACUCUGCACUUGCAGUGUAGGGGGCCCGGGUUCUAUCCCUGGUCAGGGAACUAAGGUCCCACAUGCCACAGAGCACGGCCAAAAAGGAAAACAAAACAAAACAAAACAAAAAACUCAGGGUCGAGCCACUCUCGGCCACUAACACGGCGCCGUCCUCCUCGCCUGCUCCGCAGGGUGCAAGGCCCUCCCUCCUCUGUACUUUGUGAUAACAGUAAGAUAUGGCUGGGGUUUCAGUCCAAAUCAUAUACUUUUAAAGGUUUUAAAGAUAAAUGUCUGACUUUAGGAAGUACACCUAGUGGCUUUAGUUCUUUUCCCUGUGUUGGAGCACUGUUGAGGAGAACCCUGAUUAAUGACAGCGUGUGUGCCGGCUCCCAGGCAGCCAGCAGGUAGUUUCAGUUCUGCUGCGUCUGCAGCCUGGCAGCAUCGGGGGGAGCAGAGCGGAGGAAAGGUCGGACGUGGUUUCUGCUCCCCUCCCCCGCCCAUCCACCGCCCUCCAUCCUCCCUCCUCUCUCCCAGCCUUCCCUGGCGCUAGGUCCUUCUAAGAGUCAGACAGGUGCUGGGGUGGAGCUGACGACGCAGGCGGGACAGGUCCCGCCCUGGUAACCCGCUUAGAGGUGACCGGGCAGAUAAGCCCUGCUCUGAUCCCCCUCGCCUCCCCAGGACCCGCACGCGCCCUGUCCCUGCAGCAGCUGAGCUGCCCUGACCCACAGACAGACAGACAAGCACAGGUCUAAAGCGGCCUGAGGAGCGCAGGCUCGGUCUGGCUCUCAGGCUUGUCCGUUCGGGGGUGGGGGCAGCAGCGGGCAGCGCUGGUCAAGGGCCCUGGUGUGUUUCCACUCACGUCCUCAUUACAUGGGCGCAGGGCCCCCGGUUUCUGGCGCUGAAGGCGGGAUCGUACCAGGGCCCCGGGGCAGGACGAG